ACAAUGUCGGACACUCUACCCUCUCGCUACGACAAGCACGCACCUCGCUUCGAUCCGGAACAGCCGCGGACCCUACUUCGCUAUUUCGAGGACCUAGCGGACUUAUUUGCCGCUCAUCCAAAUGCGGUCCCGAAUGAAGCAACGAAAAAGGCGGUAGUGGUGAAAUACGUGCCUAUGUAUGAGGAGGAGCUAUGGAAAGGCGUCCCGGAAUUUUCGGACGACUCCAAGAGCUUCGAGGACUUCAAGGGAGCGGUCUUGGCGUUAUACCCAGCCGUUAAGGAGGACCAGAGAUAUAGCGUCGGGGAUAUGGACCGUGUAGUAGGGGAAAGGCAGCGUGUGGGCAUCCACAAUUUGGCGGACUUAGCGGCAUUCCAUCGCGACUUCCUACUUAUCACUCGAUACCUGCGCAAAAACGACAUCAUAUCCGUUCGAGAGCAAGGGAGAGCGUUCCAGAGAGGCUUCCAGCCGGAGUUAUGGAACAAAAUAUUCAGGCGCCUCCAGAUUAAGGACAUAGACCAUCAACCGGACACUCCGUACAACGUAGACGAGGUUUACAAGGCGGCGGAGUUUAUUCUUCAUGGAACGUCGGCCAUAGGAACCACAGAGAAGCAUGCGGAGCCAUCUCGGAGUGCUCCGAGCGCACCAGUGGUGAAGACGGAGGACCUAUCAUCAUUGGUGGAGGUCAUCACAAAAUCCAUCAGUCAAGCUCUAGUAGCCGCGGUUCAGCAGAACGCUGCGAUGGCCCCUGCGACGUCCAACAGACCUGCCCCCAUGAAUUACCACUGCAUUUAUUGCGGGGAGAGCGACCACUCGAUCCGGAGAUGUCCCAAGGUCGAGGAGGAUAUUAGGGCCGGUCGGUGCAAGCGGAACGCGGAGGGACAAGUGGUUCUGCCGAGCGGAGCGAUGGUCUCAAGGUCUAUGCCAGGAGCGACGAUGAGGGACCGCAUAUUAGAGUGGCACCGCCAGAACCCUGGGCAGACAAGUGUCCAUUUAUUGGAUACGAUGAUAUGGGAAGAGGUGCGAGCAUCGGAGGCCCCUCAGACCACGGAUAUGUUCCAUUUGGACCAGCGGGAGCGAAUUGAGGCCUUGGAGCGGGAAUUAUUUGCGUUGAGAGGGAAAGGGAAGCAGGUGUUUGACGGAGUCUACGUUCCUCCUCCGAAUAGGUCUUCCAACCCCUCCAAGGAGUCCGGAGUUGGUCCGACAGGUCCCGCACCCUCCAAAGCUAAGAGUCAACCGGUACGAGAACAGCCAGUGGCCAAAGCAGUGCGGCCGGCAAUAAAUCGAGAGUCCCCACCUCACAUGUCAGAGGGACCAAUCCAUCCAUUCGCCGGUGCAAGGGACGUCAACAGGCCUAGGCAGGCAAUUCUCCGGAGUGUCGAGAAAGGCUCGGCUCAAGCAGCAGACGCGUCACAAGCCAAGGAGCCAGCCUACCGCACCCAGGCCCCUGUUUAUAAUCCUCGCAUCUCGGACCUGGUGUUUGAGCGGUCGCUCAAGACUCCGAAUAUUUCGUUGACCUCUGAGGAAUUAUUAUCCAUCGCUCCAGAGGUCCGAGCGAAAUAUAGGGACAUUGUAACACCCAAGAAAGUGCCCGCGCCGCCCGCUGUUCGACUCCAAGCCACUAUACAGGAAGUGGAGGACGAAGACGAUGGUCCGGAGUUGCCGGACGUGGAGCAAUUAAUUCACAGCGGUAGUUCGAUCCGUCCUGGAGUGCUGGUGGUACCCGACCCCUACGAAAUUUAUCUCCGGAGUCUAGGUCCGGGGGAGACGCCGAAGCAGUUGGUCGUGGCCAAGGAGUCGCAUGCUCUGCGGUCUAUUAUGGGGCUCAUAGACAACCAGGAGAAGGUCGAGGCAAUUUUAGAUCCAGGUUCCCAAAUCGUCGCAAUGUCCGAAGCAGUUUGCCAUUCUCUAGGACUUCAGUAUGAUCCCACCAUUCAGCUACAGAUGCAGUCGGCGAACAAGACGAUCGAUAUGUCGUUGGGACUGGCGCACAAUAUUCCCUUCCAGGUCGGAGAUAUUACCGUUUACCUCCAGAUCCAUGUUAUUAGGGAUCCGGCCUACGACAUUUUAUUGGGACGUCCCUUCGAUGUAUUAACGGAGAGUUGCAUCAAAAAUUUCAAAAAUGAGGACCAGACGAUCACGAUCAACGACCCCAACUCUGGAAUUGUGUCCACUAUCCCGACAUUUCCAAGAGGUCGCCCUCGAUUUCGAGGCCCCGCCUCUAGAGCGGGAUGA